CUCCAGUCUCCACUUUCUCCUACUUUCUCCCUUUGCUGCCGUUGGAAACCGUCGCCAGAAAUCGGCAGUUAUCAAAAACCUAGGGAGAAAGCCAGUUCGAAUUCGAAUCCCCUUGGAUCGGCGAUGGCUUCCUCUUCAGAUCGCGAAUCCGCCGUCUACGUCGCUAAACUCGCCGAGCAAGCCGAGCGAUACGACGAGAUGGUGGAGUCGAUGAAAAAGGUAGCUGAAAUGGAUGUGGAGUUAACAAUAGAGGAGAGGAACUUGCUCUCUGUAGGGUACAAGAAUGUGAUCGGGUCGAGAAGAGCUUCGUGGAGAAUCUUAUCCUCAAUUGAGCAGAAGGAAGAGUCGAGGGGAAACGAGCAGAACGCGAAGCGGAUCAAGGAGUAUCGCCAGAAGGUUGAGUCAGAGCUCACUAACAUUUGUAACGAUAUCAUGAUUGUCAUUGACGAGCAUCUUAUUCCUUCGUGCAUUGCUGGUGAAUCGACUGUGUUUUACUAUAAGAUGAAAGGGGAUUACUAUCGGUAUCUGGCUGAAUUUAAGGCCGGUAAUGACAGGAACGACGUUGCUGAUCAAUCACUCAAAGCAUACGAGCUGGCUACUAAAUCUGCUGAGACAGAGCUGCCUCCAACGCAUCCUAUUCGCUUGGGGUUGGCUUUGAAUUUUUCGGUCUUCUACUAUGAAAUUCUGAAUUCCCCCGAAAGGGCAUGCCAUCUUGCAAAGCAGGCGUUUGAUGAAGCUAUCUCUGAGCUCGAUACCUUGAACGAAGAAUCAUACAAGGAUAGCACCUUAAUUCUCCAACUGCUUCGUGACAACCUCACACUGUGGACCUCUGACAUUCCCGAGGAUGCAGACGAAGCACAAAAGCUGGAUGCUGCGCCUAAGGCUGGAGGCGAAGAUUCAGUUGCUAAUAAGUGAAACCUCUCCACGCGCGAGGACAGAUUGGUGAUUUGUCGAGGGGAAGUGUGUCUGGGGCCGAAGUAGAUACUUUGUUUCGUAUUUGUGUAUUGUUGAGUGGUUGUGGUUUAUUGAUGUGGCGAUAUAGGUGGUUUAAUUUUAGUGACUACCUUUAGCCUAUGUGUGUGUUUAACUUUACCAUAUUUGACAGCCUACUUCUCAUUUGAUUUUUUUAUGAUUUAUCAAGUGUGGUGUCAGAUAUUUGGAAUUUAGGAAUUAAACUGUUGAUAGGAAUCAGUUUGUCUUUAUAUUUAUUCAGUGAUGAUUAGCAACAUCGCUUA